GGGUUGAAGAAAAUACAUGCAGAAUCCAACUCUAAAAUCCAAACAUUAGUUAGUUGCAUCACUCGCUCCUUUCAAAAACCCCAAAUCGCCCAUCUAAUUCAAAUCUCGGACUUUCCGCCAUCUAUGGCGACGGUGUUGUAAUUACGAACCCUCAUACGGUUUCAUCGCCGGGGUUUAUCGAUGCACUUGUGAAACACUCCGAUCACAACUGACAAAUAUAGUUUUUUCCCCUCCAAUUUCCGUAUUACAAUGGCGGUUUCUUUCAAGGUGUCAAAGAAAGGUACCCGAUUUCGCCUAAAACCCAAACCUGAAUCCCCUUCUUCUGCUCUAGAAGACAAUCACAAAGUUGAUGCUCCUCCUCAACUUCCUCAUAUUCACCCCCCUAGUACGCGAAAGAGAUCGAUUGAUGACACCCAGGAUGAUGACGAUGUUGCUGGAAUUUUAGAUGCAGAAGUAUCCUUUAUAUUAAACAUCUUCCCAGAUGGAUAUACAAUCAAAAACCCAUCCGAGGUUAACAUUGUCCAUCAAAAUGCUGUACAAAAUGACCCAAAGCUUUUGUUCCCUUAUGAUAGGACAUCUGAAAAUCUGUUUGCAGCAAUCGAAUGUGGAAGACUUCCUGCAUAUUUUUUGGAUCAUAUACCUUUCAAAUUCAGUAAUGGAGCAGUUGUGUGCGAGGUGCGAGACUUCUGUGAACAAGGAGUUAAUGGUCUUUCUACAGUUGUUUCUCCAUGUAUUACCAAAGUAUCUCUUAAGAUGUCAUUGAAUAAUGUGGUGAAAGAUAUGGAUCAGUUUUCUGAUAGUGCUUGGACAUAUGGUGAUUUAUUGGAAGCGGAGUCGCGGAUAUUAAAAGCCCUAAAACCAACACUUUGUCUAGAUCCGACUCCAAACUUAAACAGACUCUGUAAGGAGCCAACUUCCUUAAAUCUAAAUCUGAAUAUUCCUGAUAUAAGAAAGAAGAGAUUGAGGCAAAUAUAUGGAGUUGUUACUGUAUCUGAGAAUCAGAUACAGGGGAAGCUUGAUAAUGUGAAUGUUCCAGAAAAUAGGCCUAAAACCAGUGAUAGUUUAAGCUCGAUUAUGCCUCCUGUUCAUGGUAAGAAGGGAAAUGAAGAUGGAAACUUGUCUUCCAUAGGGAAUGUAAAUCAGAGAGCUAGGUCAAAGUCAAAUCAUACAUGUGUUUAUAGCAAUCAAACACAACGGAUAUCAUCACACAUGGAUUGUAUUGAAGCACCUGAAUCCCGCUGGAAAAACAUGCCUGUGAAACAAGACCCAGUUGGCGGCAUGCAGCGGCACCACCAUGGACAAGUGGCGGCGAUAAGUGGAGUAGGGUCUCCUUCUAAUGUUGGAAAAGAGAUUGAUAGAAGUGUGUUUGAUAGAUUUUCCAAACUCCAGAUGUUGGGUGUAAGGGUUAGGCGGAAUAGAAAAAAGAAGAAUAUGGAUGGAUACAAAAGAAGUAGACGUUUUUCAAUUCCACAGCUGUUUGAUUGUCUUUUGAAUGAUGAGGAUAACGACAACAGUUUGAAAGAUGAAACAUGUAAAAGUAAAAUGCCACUGUCCAUGUCACUUGUGGGUGGGAGCAUGAACGUCUGCAAGACUAGGAUUUUGAAGUUCGUCAAGGCUGGUUAUGUGUCACAAGAAAAUGGAUUGGUUCCCAAGUUGCGAACUAGACUGAUGUUAUCUGAAAAAACAAGUGGUGGCACUGUCGCAGUGCAUUAUGGUGAGCUGGAUGAUUCUGAUGACUUGGCAGAAGAACAACUUCUUCAUACACUUCCGAAUACACGUACUGCGGACUUGUUUGCAGCAGAGUUCUGCUCCCAGAUGUUGCGUGAGGGACAUCAUGUAGAAGUUGACCAUGUCCAGGGUGGUCAACCCAACACUGGUCGUGGACACUUGGUCAAAACUGAGAUUCAACCAGUUCUUGAAGCUGAACAACAAUCAUCUCUUUAUCAUCAACACCACCUCCAAAGAUCAUCAAAUCCACUGCCUCAUUCGAAUUCAAACAUUCACCACUUGGGUGAUUAUAAGGGGUUGCCACCACAACUUCAGAUCUUACACCAACAGCAACAAGCUCAAAAUCAGAAGAAGAUGAUGAUGAUGAUGGGAAUGGGACAACUAACACAAGCACAGGCUGCUGCUAUCAUGGCUAACAGGAUGGUACAUGAAAGUAAAACACAUGUUACUGGAGGGCAAUCUGGUAAUAUCACUGGUUUUCCAGUGAUGGGUUAUCAUGGUAUUGGUAUGAAUCCUAUGCAAAGGAACCCGUAUAUGAACCAGUUGCAUUUGCCACCUCAAUCUAUUGGAAUGCCACAUCACUCUCAUAUGAGUGGUAGGAUGGAUUUGUGA